AUGCGGCGAUCUUUAGAACAAGCUUUGGAUCGUGCCGAGGAUGUCAUUGAAAAUGCCCAACAGAGACCCCCUAAGAGAAAAUACUCAUCCAGCGGGGAAAAAUCUCUACAUCAGAAACUUUAUGACAUCUUCGUAGAAGAAUGUCAAAAGGAGCCCGAGGGGACGGAGGAACUCAGGAGCAAUGUCAACUUGCUGGAGAAGCUGGUGGAGAGAGAGUCGUUGCCAUGCUUAGUGGUCAACCUGUACCCAGAAAACAAGGGCUAUUCUCUGAUGCUGGAGGACAAAACUGGGUUCUUUUCAGAGACCAUCCAGCUGCCUUAUGGGGAAAGGGAACUGCUUGAGUACUUGGAUGCAGAAGAAUUACCACCUAUUCUGCUGGAUGUCCUAGAGAAAUCUGAGCUGAACAUUUUUCAUUGUGGGUGUGUCAUAGCAGAAAUCCGUGACUACAGACAGUGCAGUGAUAUGGAGCGGUCCACUUACCAAAGCCGACAUAUUCUCUUGCGUCCCACCAUGCAGACUUUAGCGUGUGAUAUAGAGUCCAUGACAAGUGAUGACCUUCAAUGGACUCAGGAAGACAAACUUGCCCUUGAGAGCGAACUGCUCUUAGCUACAGCUGAGCCACUGUGUCUUGAUCCCUCUGUGACAGUCACCUGCACUGCCAACAGGCUACUGUAUAACAAGCAGAAGAUGAAUACUAACCCAAUGAAACGGUGCCUGAAGAGGCAUUCAUUGUCCUCUCUGAAUCUGCAGCAGGAGCUAUCCCAACAUCAGUCUCCACCUGAGCUAAGACUAUUGACUACUUGCAAAAAAAAGAGAGAGAGAGAAGCAGGUCUGCAGCAUGACCUAAGGAUGCCUGCAGCCGGAUAUUGUGUGGACACGUGGAGAGAGAGAUGCUGUGACUUGGCCAUACCUUCCCAAGUGGAUGUGGAGAAAUAUGCAAAAGCAAAGGAGCCUGUUGGGCUUGAUGACCCACAAGCAACAAUCUGGCCAACACCCGGGCUAGAUGAUUCUGGAUUUGAAAGUGAAGGUGGCAGUCAGCUGUGGGAAAUGAAGCUGAGCUUCAUGCAGUCACUCAAUGAUCCAUUUUUCUCUGGCAAAACAGGGCCAUGCCAAGAGGCCAGAUGUGAGAUCCAGAUGUAUCCUCCCCUCGUCUCCCCAGAUGUCCAUGCGGAUGGCUUCAUGGCUCGGUCAAAGACUGAUGGAGGGGCAGUGAAUGUGCGCCAGGAGUUGGUCCAGAGCAAAGUCAAGUGUGCAGGCAAAGUGCCACAUGGCUCCAGUGGCUCAGCCCGUCCCAGUCAACCCUCUCCAGGGAAGAAGCCAAAGCAGCCUACCGCCAGAUGGGUGCGACCCUCCGUACCAGGGAAGGCGAUGAAACCUCGAGCUCUGCCUGUGACACUUCCCCCCAGCACAGGACAGACCUUGUCAGGUAACAGUCCUCCUGCACAGCAGGCAAGCAGCCUGCACAAAUUCCCACCUCGUGCCCCAGCUCCUAAGCCAGGUGGCCUUUCUCAGAAGUCCCCUAUGGGUGUCAGCAGAGGAAAUAUAGUGCUUUCUCCGGCCACCUGGCCCCCUGUCAGGACCUCAGAAGGAAUCCUGUCCACCCAGGGUCCUGUGGGCUCCACUGGCCUAAAGGUCAUCAACGUGGUGGGCCCAGUGCAAGGAGCCCAGGUUUUGAUGAAUGGUUCCAGCUCCAUGCUGGGCCAUUCCACCAGCACCUGUGUUCCUGCGAGCAUGUAUCCCAAUGGCCUUCUGCUCCCCAGAGGUCAAUUGCCCAAUGCACAACCAUGUCCAACACAGCCACCUGCUCAGGCAGGUGUGCAGCUGAUUUUAAAUAAUACUUUGGGUCCUUUAACUGUCCUCCAGCUUCCACCUGGUUCCCUCAUUUUGAGUCCCCUGCAGCAGCAUCCCCAGCCACUGCAGCCACAGCCCCAGCCCCUGCCCCAGCCCCCACCUCAGCUUUACCAGCUGAUUCCACAGCAACAGCUUCAGCAACCUACAACUGCUCUUCCUCCACAGGCAGGGCCACAGGCUUCUGUGCAAGGUUCAAGUGGUCAACAGUGGGCCUUGAUGGCCCAGCAAGCUGUUGUCAUUAACCUCGCUCAAGGCAGCAGUGUUCUGCAGCCCCAGUCAGCUAUGUUGUGUCAGCUUGGCUCUGGUCAGCAAACACCUGGGCAGUGCCUUCCUCCACAGAGAUUCCAGCUCCCUGCUGCCCCACAAGGGCAGCUCCAGCCCCAGCCACUGCCACAGUGUCUACAGCUGAGACUGGUGCAGUACCCCAUGUCUGUGGCCACAGCACCCACCCUGACAGUUCAAUCACAUGGGUUUAGGUACACAGGAGGCCAGGCAAAAGAUAAAAUGAAGAGUAGCACCCCAAAAUUCUGA